CCUGACAACCAGCUGAAGACGAAGAAGUCUGUUCGGCCAAUCACGCUUCGAGACGUCAUCCCUCCGCGUCUGCACUCUGACGGCGCUGACGUCGGGAAGACAGAAGUAGUCAAAGUCUUCCAACUCGAAUAAAAUUGUCAUUCGCCAGGUUUCAAAUAACUGAGGCAUGGCUUCCCGGGCAGGACCGCGGGCUGCGGGCACGGACGGCAGUGACUUCCAGCACAGGGAGCGUGUUGCCUCACACUACCAGAUGAGCGUCGCCCUCAAGUCUGAAAUCCGCAAACUCAACAUCGUGCACCUGUUGCUGUGGGUGCUGAUGGCAGCUCAGGUGACCGUAAGCCAGCUGGGUCUGGUGUCCCACAAGACGAUCGCCUCUCCAUACCAGUGGGAGUACCCGUACCUCCUCAGCAUCAUCCCUACGGUCUUCUGCUUCCUGGCUUUGCCUCGUAACAACAUCAGCUACUUGGUCAUCUCCAUGAUCAGCGCCGGGCUUUUCUCAGUGGCGCCGCUCAUCUACGGGAGCAUGGAGAUGUUCCCUUUCGCCCAGCAGCUGUAUCGGCUGGGGAAAGCCUACCGCUUCAUCUUCGGCUUCUCGGCGGUGUCGGUCAUGUAUCUGGUGAUCGUCAUCGCCGUGCAAGUGCACGGCUGGCAGAUCUACUACAGCAAGAAGCUGCUGGACCAGUGGUUCACGAGCACGCAGGAGAAGAAGAAGAAAUAAGUCGGCGAAAGCGCGUAAGUUCAAACAUUGACUGCAGGGGGGCGGGACUGAUGCGGCCUAAAACUGCUUUUACAUACUUUGAUAAUGCCUUCAGUGUGUGACUGCUGCCAUCACUGUGUUCUAACAUGCAUGCCUCUGGCAUUUCAUCACUCUACUGUAAAGAACGUGUGGUUAUCCUCAUACUUUGUGCUACCGUGUUGCAGUGGUUAAAUAAAAGAAAUGUUGAACCUAAAA